AUGAAUAACACGGUUUUUUAUAAAGAUUUUAUCCCAGUUAUUCAAUUACCAUUUCCACCAUCUUUUAAUAUAGAUGAUUACCUCAAUUUGAAAAACCCAGAUGAUAAGUCAUCAUUAAAAACACCUAAUAGUUUUAUCAUUUAUCAUACUAUCUAUCAAAAAGAACUCAAAAAACGAGGUAUAAUUCUUCCAAUGGCAAAUGCAUCAAUAAUAAUCAGUGAACGUUGGAACAAAGAGCCAGAGAUGAUAAAAAACGAAUAUAGAAAACUCCAAAAAGAAAUUAGAAUACGAUUUGAUGAAAAAUUCCCAAAAAGAAAAUGUAAUGUUAAUACUAUUAAACUAGAACCAAUAGAAAAUUACGAAAUUAACUAUAAAGAAAAUAUAUAUAUGAUUCAUGUAAAGUUAUGUGGAUAUUAUGAUUUUUUAUAUUCUGAUUCAAAUAUUUAA